ACCACAUGCUUGCUCUCGUAUUUGAAUGGAACGACGCUGGUUCAAUGAUGUCCCCGCUGCUCCCAAAACUUCGAAAUGGCGUUGCAGGCCAGAAUAAAGCUGCAAUAAUUGCAAAUCUUGUGGCAAACGGCGCAAAAAAUUAUAAUGUCAUCUUCACAUUUCCCGAAUGGCGAAGGCAUUGGAACAUGGAGUGA